AUGGCUGCCUGUGAACCGUCCAGAUACCUGGCAAGGUCAUUGCCACGGGCUUUUAUCCCGCUGACUUCCCCAAAAGGCUUUUGCUGGAAGCGCAAUAUUUCCGAUCAAACGACGCCCAAGUCGGCAGCAUCGGUCAAUCUCUGUGAGCUGGAGUCGGCUACCUCUCUAAAAACGACUGCAUCAGAAGAUGCUGUGAAGUCGUUUGACCCCGCUGCAAGAGCCAAAUUACGGAAAAAGCAGCUACCGCGAAGUCGGUACCAAUUCCGUUCGCCCAAGUAUGAUCGUGGCCCACUACAUCCUCACCGACCUCCGCCACCUUCGGAUCCUGCUUCUCGCCUUUUCGUUCCUGGCCCCUUCUCCUUACCCAGAGUAGACCAGACGUACCACUCGACAGUCGCCUCGGACAUCCUCACCCUUUGUUACGUGCAUACUCCUCCCGGCUUCAAGCCACCUCCGAAAGCCCCACGUCUGCGUGAAUGGGAUGAUAGCUCGCCUUAUCACAAAAACAGACCACUUCGCGGACCUCGUGGCGGUGAUGUCCUGCGGCUACUCCGCAAACCUAUUACUUUCAACAACAUCCCCCGACUAGAGCGUAUCACCAUCCACAGUUACGUCAAGGGAGCGGCGCAGGAGAACUCAUCAUGGCUUCAUGUCGCAGGAAUGGCCGUCCAGGCGAUUUCAAAUGUGCGGGUUGAGACAUUCAAGUCGAAGAGCAGCGUUGCCACUUGGGGAAUUGCACCGGGCAGAGAUUCAGUUGCUGUCAAGGCAGAGCUUCGCGGCGAGAAUAUGCUCCAUUUCUUUGGAAAGCUGGUUGAUGUCGUGAUGCCUAAGAUCAAAGACUGGGAAGGUGUCAAAGGCACCAGUGGUGACAGCAGUGGAAACAUUACCUUCGGUCUGGAUCCUGAGACCGUCGCUCUCUUCCCUGAAAUCGAGGUUAACUAUGACAUGUAUCCCCCCAAAAUGAUCCCCGGUGCUCAUAUCACGAUCCACACAAGCGCCAAGACUGACAAGGAUGCCCGUCUCCUUCUCAGCGCAAUGGGUAUUCCAUUCUAUGGGAAAAUGGUGGAUUAA